CGUAUUUUUACACCAAAAGAGGUCAAAUUGUGAUUAUUCGCUAUGGCAUAUGGUUUGCCAAGAAAGCACACAGUGAAAUCAGUUUUGCAUAGAAGUUGUUACAAUGUUCAGGAGCCCUGGGAGCUGGCUUUGCUUACAAAGGCCUUGUACAACAACAUUGCUACUAUUGGAGUGCCUCUUUUUGAAGAUAUUAAUUAUGGCAUUCCUUUUAAAAUAAAUCCUGGAAAAAAAGCAGAGGAUGUGCUACUGCCCACCGCAGAAACAAUAGAAACUGAAAGGGCAUAUGAACUGAAGCACUUACAUGAAAUUGAACUUCAGAAAAAUGCAGCGGAGCAAAUUCAGUCUUUGCUGAAAGAUAAGAAAAUUGGUUUAAGAAGACCUCUUCCACCCAAGAAGUGAAGAUCACUUUACUAUUUAGAGGCAUGCUCCUUUGUCUCCCUAUCCGAAGGGGAUGAGGGGAUCCAGACCAUUCACCUUAUAAUACAGCACUUGGUGACCGUCAUCAAUAAGGAACAUUAUCUUGGUGGGUGAAAGAGUUCCCCUGAUGAUACUUCAUCUGGUGACCCAAUGCACCAUCUUCACCAUCCCCUGUUGAAUCUUUCCUUUGGGCUCUCAGGCUCCAACACCACAUACUUUAAAUGGCACAUAAAUGAAAAUAAAAUGAAAAAAGAAGACUCCUGCUUGUGAAGCAUCAUAGGAAUUGCUAUAUCCACCAUAACCUGAUUGUUCUGUGGCAGAAUUGUAUUUGCUCAAAAGAUGGUGAUCAUACCAUGAAGCAGCUCAAGACAGGUGUUUAGCAUGAGCUAAUACAGAAUUUCUCACGUGUUGGUUUCCUGUGAGGAGUUUUACUGUCACAGUUGAAGCAGCUGUGUCCCAUUUUUAAUUAAGAAAUUUAGAAUAUAGUUCCCUAUGUUUUCCUUGGUAAAACUCCUGA